AACAUCAAAAUGACAGGCGAAAAUAAUCCAUGAACAUCUUGUUUUUGGUUGAACUCACAAUCUUUAAAGACUUACCAGCUGCAAGAUGAAGAUGUUAACAACUUUAGUUGCGGUUAUUGUUUUGGUAGAUCUUGCAGAUUCCACGGAAGGAUCUGAACGAUCACGUUUAAAGGCCGCGAAAAUCAUUCCAGAUAUUAUGGAUGACAAAGAAUACCCGCUAUUGCCCGUGAAAUUUGGCUCCUCAAUAUGUUAUUUAGGCAACGACUUGACGAAAGCUGAUACUUUUAUUACGCCUACGUACGAUUUCAACUUUAUACAUCAUAAAUUCUACACUCUACUAAUGACCGAGCCGGACUUAACGACACAAACAGCUCCGUUGCCAGGGGAACUUUUCCACUGGUUAGUCGGAAAUAUUCCUGGCAAUAGAUCAUCCUCAGGAGAAGAGCUAAUAGGUUACUUGCCACCAUUAUCGCCACCUGGAACUAAAGCUCAUCGUUACACAUUUCUGCUUUACCAACAACCUAAGAAAUUGAAUUUCACCGAUGACUCCCUCUUGGGGGUUGAUCUGAUCAACCGGCUGUUUAGAACAGCAAGAGCUUUUGCGAAAAAAUAUAAACUUGGCGACCCUAUUGCCGCAAAUUUUUGCUAUAAAGGAUUUGACCUUCCUGUUGUACAUGGAGCGCUCAAUGUAGUUUAA